AAGCAGCAGAAAUGUCUCCAGAGGAGGACCCGAUACUGAAAACUGAAAACAUGGAGCCUGAAGUUAACAACAGAAGCGCCACGACUGCGAUUAAUGUAGAUGAGAGUGUCAGUUUCUCCCGUGUGAGCUCCGUCGCUACAGGCUGGAUGCUGGACUUUAUGUUCGUCAGUUUGUGUCGACGGUUCAAGGAGGGAAAGUUUGAUGAGUUCAGUAAAACGGUCUCGGCUCUCGAGGCCCUUUGUCAGAGUUCAUCUCUGAAAGGAAACCUCCACAAUGAGAAAACACUCAUAUGUGCCUUCCUGGCAAGAGUCAUGCAUGGAAAGGAACUGGAUAUCCUGUUUGAGGAAGAUGACCAUGUGAUGCCUCUGAUGUCCGCUGCCAAAGUAUGGUCAAGCCUACAGCACACUGUGGCAGAUGAAAAUGUGUUCAAAAACAUCACCAUUCUUUUGCUUGUCCAGUCUGUGGCUGUGUGCUUGGAGAAAGGCCAAAGAUCGUCUGCUUCCUCUGUCCUCAAGUGGCUUGACAAGAACCAUGAAUUCCCACAGAACUUGAGAGUUAAGCUGUCGACAGUAGUGGCACAGAGGGACACUUACCACCCGUUCCUCAUGAGCUUCAGCUUCAGCCGUUUGCUGGAAACGAUACAGUCUUACUUGGAUGCCUACUUGGAGAAGAAUCCCUGUGACUACCUUCUCAAGGAAGCCACAAAGGUGGUGCAGUCGUCACAGAACACUGACGGCUUGGAGGACAUGGUGACGCAGGAGGAGAGCGCUCUGUCAGAGGAAGAAAACAAAUCAGCGGUGGAGAGAAAGAAAAAGAAGAGCACUGUGCAGUUGAGGACAAAACGGAAACUACUGUCAACUAAAAUUACAGAUGUAUGGCAAACUGAUUGCUGCAAGACACCCAUUGUCUCUGUCAAAAGACUCGCCAUGCACGAGGUGUCUCAGAUGACAGCUGUGAAGUCAGAGGACACCUCAACGAUCCAGAAAACAAGGAAACUACCUCAGAAAUGGACCCCCCAGCUGGACAAAUACCUCAAGGAUGGAGUUAAACGUCACGGCCAGGGGAAGUGGUCUCGCAUUUUAAAGGAUUAUGACUUUGAAGGACGCACUGGCACCAUGCUCAAAGACCGCUGGAGAGUUCUGAUGAGGGCAGAUAAAGUAGGCUGAAGAAGGGAAGAGCGACCCUUUUGAU